CGCGCCAGUUGUUGUCCGAUCAUAGGCCCAGCUCUCGCUCGUCACAACACAUUGCACGCGGGGUGCAGAGCAACGCAGAGCGACGCGUGUGCAGCCACCCACAGUAGGAACCGAAACCUCCUUUCCCAUCACCUUCCACAAAUCACCACCUACCCCCCCUCCGCCCACACAUUGCCCCUUGGAAGAAAGAAAAAAGAAACGGGGGGAAAUCAUCAGGAACGGAAGAAUUGCUAGUGAAGAAGGAACGGCUUGUUUGGCUCGUGUGGUUUUGGAAUGUAAGGACCUUUACCCCCAAUCAGCAUGGAAAAGUGUGACGAAUGAAUUGUGACGUGUUUAGCAAAAUGUGACCGAGCGAUCCGAAGCUUCGUUCGUUCGAACUCUGUGCGAGCGUGUGUGUGUGUGUAUAGUUGUGUACCAUGGAGGAAAGUGUACGUUAGGCGAACUGUGGUGGUGUAAAAGCCACUCGUGUUUUUAAGUGUCUGUAUUGGUGGUGGAGACACGCUCAUAACACGAUCGAGAUUGGCAGUGAAAUGGAGAAGUAGCAGCGUCGUCGUCUCAUCGCUCAAAAGUAAUCUAACGAAGCCCAUUGAAGUGAAUUUCGAAGGUUGUGCACACUAGUGUUAUUGUUUCCGAUACCGUAUCGUCUGUGGUUGUGCGUUGGUUCUAUCUGUUUGGUUGACGUAGCGUGUAGAGCAUUCGGUUCGGUUACCGGUACGCUAAUCCGACUCAGUCGCAACUACCUGUAGCCGCAUCGUACGAGUGGAUGUUAUCUAUACAUAAGCUAUUUUCUAUCGCCUAUUUAUACAUGCAUUAUACAUCUGUCUCUCUACAUAUACAUGCAUACAUACGAGCGUUCUACUCACUCUCUACGGUGUUGUACAUUAGAGCUAGUGAAGUUACAAGCAGUGCAGUGUCGCGUCGAUUCAAGGACAGGGCAGGAGUGUGGCGAGUGUACAGAACCAGACGGGACCGUGUGUAGAGUUCGAAAAAUCGCAAAACCUCGACCGGUUGUGAGCCAAACGUCUUGGGGGUGCCGGUCCUUCGCAGAUGCGAGACAAAAAAAACAAAUGCGAAGUACCACAUACGUGUACAGUAUAAAGCAGGCAGACACAAAAUAGAUAACCAAUAACCGUCCUCUUUAGUGUGUAAGACAAACACAACACAAAAGAAAAUCGAAAUGGCCAUCUUUUAAUUCAAAUCUCUAUCUCGAGCGAUAGUAGUUGUAAAGAUGGCGGCUACUUUUACUCUCAGCACAAUACUCUUGUAAUCUGUAAAAACAAAACAAACACACGCAUACAAAUACCCACUUUGAGUGAUGUAAAGCGCCAAGCAAGCAGGAAACGGGGCGACCAACGAUAAUCAGAUGAGGUUGCAGCUAGGAAAAAAGCGAGAAAGUAUUUCCAACAGAAACGUGUGUGCCAAAGCAAACAAACAAAUACUCAAGUCCACCGAAUGCAACGAGAGAUACAAUUUAGUGCAAGAGUCUGCGAGUGAAGCAGAAAAUUAGUAGAAUCACAUCCACAAUCAUCCCCGAGGAGAACGCACAACAUUUGACGUUUCGAAACGUCAGCACAACAAACCGGACAGCAGCUGUCAUCACAGGUGAACUGUACAAAUGUAGUUGAGACUGUUUGCCGCAAGAGGGCGGUACAAGGGGGCAAGAAGAUACUACCAAGCCGGGACCUGAAUCGGCAGUGAGAAUACGGUUCGUAAAGUUUAGUGGAACCGCUUAAUUUCCGGGGUGGUGGAAAAAUCAGUGCAACAGCUUAUUUGUGUAUUGGUGCCAGUUUAAUGUUGCCCGAGGGAAGGGCGCGAAGGGAACCGAAAACCCGGUGUGCGUAACCAGUGCUGCCAGCACGAUCUCUGGUGAUAAUGAUGAUGCGGCUAGCUGGUGGUGAUUAUGGCGCUGUUGCGCUACCGGAACCGGGUACGAUUGGUACUGAAGAAAAAUGGCUUCCUAAAGCACCGACGGUGCGUCGUCGCUAGUGUACCGCAGCAACCGGUGAAUCGGCAAGGAUACUGAAGCUUAAGGGGGACGGCUUUCAACGCCCACCCCAUCAAGACCUGCUCCGGGGAUCAGCAGCCAGUUGUGGUUCGCGUCGUGGAAUGUCAAAAGUGCGUGACGAGCGCGUUUCGUGAGCCGUUCGGCCGGUGCUUGUGAGGAGUUCUUCGUUGCCGGCAACUUCCGGUAAUUUCAUUUCACGAGAUUCCCGCACCACAUACGGUACGCACUCGGAUAACGACGAUUGCGAUAAAUGAGCUUGGCGAACGGUUGUGACUGUGCGUGCGUGCGUGCGUGAUUGCUUUUCGCGUGCGUUGGAGCAAACGGCUGGGAAAGCUGCCAUGAGCUUGAACGGCAUCCGACCGUUCAUGUGAGUGUGUUGUGUGUGUGCGUGUAUGAGAGUCGAUAAGAAGAAGGCAAGCAAGCCAGCUAGAAACGUGGUGGGCAAGAAUUCGCAACACACAAAAAGAAAAGCUCGUGGAAAAGUUAUUUCACGCGCAAUUGGAAAACCCACUGGGUGGAUACGCGGUCAAGGGGUGGCAGGAAAAAAGGUUCAAUUGUGCAAAACCGUGCCUGUGAGUGAGUGUUUUUUGUGGUGCUCGUGUGUGUGUGUGAGGUUGCUUCUUGUACGCCAGGAAUCCUGUCCCGUGUGAGUGGUUGCGUGUGUACGUGUGUGUACGUAUGUGUGUUCGUACGGCAGGUGUGGUGAAGGAGUAGACAACAUACUGUCGUGGAUAGAAGCAGAUCACCGUGUCGCUCGCAACCGUGAACAGGACAAGCUUCCUUCGUGAUGGCUGCUGUAAACUCGGUCCAGAAUAGCAUUCGGUUGCCGUUGGCCGGACUGGCACCGCCGCGCGUCCUUAUGUGUAGUGCCUCGAUGGGUGCGGAAGGUUCCGUCACACUUCAGCUCCGGGAAGCGGUACAGGCGCCCGAUGCGGCCGGGUCCCUCGAUGGAGCGCUCACGAUCGGCUACCCAGAUCCGGAAAUGUUGGCCGACAUGCUGGGCACAUUCCAGGGUGCAUCGACCGGCGGGACCGAUUCGGAUGCUGGCAGUUUCGAGCUGCUGCAGGACAGCAAUGGUAGCUCGACCGGGGCAACGCUACGCGCGACGACCGCCGAUCAGAUCGAGCAGCUUACCGGUGCUAUACUUGCAAAAGCGAACAGCAGCAGUAGCGGUAACGGCAACACGACAGGCACGUCCACCGUGACGAUAAAAGCAGAACCGGGCACGAAAGCAGUCGCGGAAAAGACGAAUUCCACCACCAACCUACUCCCUGCAACCAGCCAUUCGUCGAGCGCGACGUCCAGCACCACCAACCUGUCUCCAUCGUCGACGGCCAUCUUGCACCACGGUACCACGAUGGUGACCGUGAAAAGUACGGCCGCAGCGAGCAACGGUGCGAUUGCAACCGCCACCAGCCCUACCAGCCUCAUCCUCACGACGGUCAGCCGGGCGGAGACGGCUUCCGGCAGCAGUAGUGCGUCUUCUUCACCGUCGGCGGCAUCCUCACCGGGGACGGUUUCGCUGAGCGGGCUGUCCGGUGGGCUUGUGAAGAAACCACGGCCCAAGACGGUAUCACCGACACGGCACGGACCACAACAGUGUCAGGUCUGUAGCAAAGUGUUUGGUAAUGCAUCCGCCCUCGCCAAACACAAGCUAACGCACAGUGACGAGCGCAAGUAUGUGUGCGGAAUGUGCUCGAAAGCGUUCAAACGGCAGGACCACCUCAAUGGACAUAUGCUGACGCAUCGGAACAAGAAACCGUACGAGUGUAAGGCGGAUGGCUGUGGCAAAUCGUACUGUGAUGCACGAUCGCUUCGACGCCAUACCGAGAACCAUCACAGCGCAAUGGGGCUGGCGUCCGACACGGCCAGUCCCGGUCCGGGCGGAAGCAAUGCUGGACCACCCGGUGGGCUUAGUUUAUCACCAGCGACAGCUAGCGGCGAUGCAAGUUCUCCGCAUGGAGCAACACUAGUCCAAUUCACCACCACCACCGCAACAACCACCGGGAACGGUACGACCGGCAGCAGCUCCAGCAGCAACAGCAGUAAUUGCAGCCUUUCGAGCAGCAGUUCGAGCAGUAGUUCCAGCAGUAGCAACAGCAGCAGUAGUAGCAGCAGCAGCAGCAGUAGUAGCGGCAACGUCAGUGACUCCAGCUCCAGCUGCAAAUCGCCUUCGCCGAGCUCCCCAGCACCAGGCACGGGAAAUGAAGGCCUUACGCGCCAACAGCUCGAUCUUAUUUCCCAAAUCAUGCAGCAAACGAAGCAGGCAAAUGCAGCUGCUGCUGCUGCUGCUGCAGCGGCCGCUUCCAGUGCGAGCUCGAACGGUAACGGCACCGGCCAGUUGAUCACCACCAGCCAGAAGGUUCCAGUGCGUCCACGAACGUGGAAUAUGCAGCUACAGCUCAGCCAGAACAAGCUGUCCUCGACUACCGCAACGACGACGACGACACUAACGUCAGCGGCGGCGGCGCCGACAACGGCAACCGUGGUCAGCACGGUGCCAGUGCCUUCAAUGGCAGUCAUACCGACGACCACGCUGUCCACCACCGGCAACUCCACCAUCAUCGCCUCCCACCCGAACGGUACCAUCACCAGCCUCAUCACCAGCGGCAAGGCGCCGCCCGGUGGCAGUGCAAGUGCCGAUCCUAAUGGACCACACGCCGGGACAGCGUCCAUCUCAGUGUCAUCGUCUGCGGCCGCCGGUACGCCUUCCGUCGGUGCGGUCAGUGUGGUUUCGACGGCGGGCUCCACUACAACGACCACCACACAGACGACCGGGCAGGCAGCGCCACCUGCUGCUACUCAACAACCUGCCGGCGUCACCAACACCACCACCACCACCACCACCAACGCCGCUGCAGCCGCCAGCAAGCUUGAGCUGAAGCCGGUCGAGUGUAACCUGUGCCAUCGGAAGUUCAAAAAUAUUCCCGCCCUCAACGGGCACAUGCGACUGCACGGCGGGUACUUCAAGAAGGACUCGGAGGCGAAGAAAUGUGAUAAGAAGGAAAACACUGGCCCACCACUGCAGACGGCUAGCGUCGGUGUGCGGGCCCUGAUCGAGGAGAAGAUCAUCAACAAGCGCAGCAAGGAUUUGAAGAAUCUCUUAUUGAAGGGUUCAUUCGUCGUGCCGGCACCACCGCUAACCGCCCGUCGGCUGAUCGACGCCAACGAAGCAUUCCUCUCACCGAAACCGAGCGCAACGGUCGCGAUCGUCUCCACGUCCAACGGUACCGCCCAGAUCAUCAACACCGCCACCCUGCACUCCAAGGCCACCCUCAUCAAUGUCACCAGUGCGCCCCAGUCCAUCAGCACCUCGUCGGCACCGUCGAUAACGAUCAAUGGCUUAGCAACGGGUGCGACCAACACCACCACCACCACCACCGUCAACGGCACUGAGCUGAAAGAUGCCACCUUGAUCGAGCUGCUAAAGCGCGGCACUAAGGUAGCGGUGAAACGAGCGGCCUCUACCGGCGAUACCUCCACCAUUCUAUCGCUUCAGCAAUCGACGAGCAAUCCCACGAUCUCUUCCACGCCCAUCACCAACCACGCUACGGCUCAGCUGAUCACAUCGACCAACAGCCGUACCGUGACCGUUCUGCCCGCUGCGACACUCUCCACAACGCCCAAGAUGACGCCCACGGUCACCGGCACGAGUCUGAUGGCGAAUCCCACCAACGACGCCAGUCCACUGUCGCUUACCAUAUCGCAAACGCCAACUUCAACGCCCGGCGACGUGUUCACGCUGGCCUACGCGUCCGACUUUGGCGACGGGGAUGUGUACAGUGUGAGCGAUACGGCCAUGCUCCUGCAAGCCGUCGACCCGAUCCAGCUGCUGCAGGAUUCAAACUCAACCGAACCGCUCGACGAGAUCGCUCUCUCGGACUACGGCUCCAUCAGCGAUCAAGGGUUUACGCCUUCGCGUCAAAUUCAAGCCGUGCUGGACUCUCCCCUACCCGAAGGACUCGCCGAGUUUGGAGCACUGCACGCCAAAGACUUUAAUGUCCUGUACGGUGGCAGCACAGCAGCAGCCGGCGAGGCGAACGGAGGACCAGCGUCCUCCACCACCAACCUGCUACAAUCAUCCCCAUCUGGACCUCAUCUUUCGCCGCUUCCCUCACCACUGGCCUAUCCAACGCCUCCGGCCUCGCACGAGGCGGUGGCCCAGGCAUCGCCUUUCCUGGACGACUCGCGUCACUUCACCGACGCCGGGUCCUUCUUCGAUGACAAGCGCGGAGCGCAGAGCUUCCUCGACGAUGGCUUCUUCAAGACCGAACCGAAGGACGAGGAUGCGAAGCUGUCCGACAGCGAGAAGAUACUCGCCCUCAAGCACGAGCUGCUCGACGAAAACCACGACCUGUUCCGGGCGAACAAACACCUGCUGGACGAGCACUGUUCGGAGCUGUUCAAGACGGAGGACAGCUUUUUCGCCGAGUCCAAGCCCACCUCCGUGGACGGAACGUCCAAGAUGAAUCUGGACUUCCUGGACGAUACGCACAUGUUCAUCGAGGAGACACGGAACGCGUCCUCUCCCCUGUCGAAUGCUUUCUUCUCCGCCACCAUGUCGUCGGCGGCCGAAGUUAAGGAAGCGCUCGAUGAGGUCCUACCGAACGAUGAUGACGAUGACAUCGGUGUGCCGGAGGGGGACAUCGAUUUGUACUACCUAAAUGGCCUUUCCUCGCUGCAGUCGCAAAUGAUGCCCAAUUCGGACGAUCCGUUGCUGUCCUCCUCACCGAAAGACUUUGCCCACCGGCAGCAUCAGAAGUUUCUCUUCGAGCAGAGUCAAGCCGCCCAGCAGCAGCAGCUGCAGCAGCACCAGCAACAGCUUCAUCAGCAACAGCAACAACUGCAACAACAGCAGCAACAUCAGCAACAGCAGCAACAACAGCAGCAACAGUUGCUUCAACAGCAACAGCAGCAACAGCAGCAGACGGGCGUUAGCGCGCUCAACCAAUGCAUGCCUCCCAGUGCCAAAAAAUCGAAACCCUCCGAUGUUGAGUCAUCGAGUACGCCCCUCACGGUGCAAACCGAUCCCAUGCCAAAGGACGCGGACAGUGUGUUCCUCAGCCCGAGUAGUCUCUCCUCGCACAGCUGCUCCUCGUCGUCGUCCUCUUCCUCACUGUCGCUAUCGUCGAUAGCUUCACCCCGGCUGCAGCACGCUCUCCUAGGCAGUGCCAACUCUGGCGGACCCGUGUGGCCCCGCAAACGUUCCCAAACAACUUCAUCCACCGGUGCGGCCAACGUGUCCGGCCUUCCCGUAGGCCAACGAAAGCCCACAAUCUAUCUGUCGAAGCUGCGACGAUCCACGACGUCGCUUCUGCCGGCUCUGCACUACACCCCUUCGCCGAUGCUGAACCCCGAACGUGCCGGAACGACCGGGCUGUACACGAACGUCAACCGUGCACGAUCGACUGGUGCCGCCGAUGUGGAUCUCGACUCCACGAUGGACAGCACGAGCGAUAUCUUCUCCGAGCCUCCGCUACCGAUACGUCCCCGCAUCAACCUGGGCCCCGACUAUCAGGCAACGCUGCCCGAAUGUACGCGACCCGUCUACGGUGGACUUCAGCAGUUCCACGCCGCCCAACAGGCGCAACGGCUCUGGGAUCCGGCGUUAGCUCCGAACGAGCGGCAAGUGCAACGUUUCAUCGAGCUCGCCCGAUCGUCUGCCGCUCCGCUCGGAUGCCACACGGAGGAGAAUGCGCUGCGUGCUCUGCUGGAGGCGAACGGUGAGAUUCACCAGGCCAUCCUGGGAAUGCUACAAGGUCCACCCGCCACCAUCCAUCGCCGCUGGACGGCGGACGAGAUCGAGCAGCUUAUCCAGGGUCUCGAGGAGUACGGCAAAGACUUCCACCGAAUCGCUCGCGAUUUGCUUCCCGGCAAAUCGACUGCGGACUGUGUGCAGAUGUACUACUUCUGGAAAAAGCUCGGAAUCGACUACAAAAGCACGACGACGCUGGUGGGAUCGAAGUACGCCGGUUUGCACGGAUCGCCGUCGCCAACACCAUCGCCACCGGCACCACCGGCACCACUACCACCACCACCACCGGUAGAAGAUCUUCUGCUGGACCAUCUGGACUAUACGGCCAAUGCUAGCACGGGGACGACCCAUGCCCGAUCGCAACAGUCCACCCAGAACGUUGGAAACCUGCAGCAAAAUGGCCACACCGUCAGUACGCCAAGCGAUGUCCGACCGCAUGUUUGCGAGGUUCCUGACUGUUCAGCGAGCUUCUCGUCCAAAGCGGCCCUCCACGGUCACAUCCGCAUACACUGCAUCGGGCGUAACCACAGCACAGUUCAAAAUGGUAAUUUCUUGAGUGCCGCCGGUAACCCCAUUAACCCUAACCACAUACCGACAAAGGAUGACUAUCCCUGCAAGGUGUGCGGCAAGGUAUUCAAUAAGGUAAAAAGCCGAAGCGCUCACAUGAAGUCACACCGGCCGCAGGAUGCAAGCGAUCAGCUGCAGCACCAACUACAGCUUCACCAGCAACAGUUGCAACAGCAGCAGCAGCAGCAACAGCAACUGCAACGUCAGCAAGACAAUGAGAAGCAAGAAGCACACGAGGAAGGCACGCAACUGCAGCUAACAGUGACGAAGUGAGCCUAAGCAAGCAAGCAGAUGGAGCUAACGAGUACGGAACACGCAUCUAGACAAUCUUUUUGCCAAAAUAAUACAACAACAGCAACAACAAAAACCCUUAAAUGAAACGGCUACAAAAAACCCGAAAAAAACAAAUAACACAACUCACCGUUUUCACCACCCGUUGACAAGUGAAGCCAGCAAAAAAAUGCGACAAGAGUGACAAAACUUUACACUGAGCUAACGAAAGGUUGUUAAAGCUACAAAUUACCGAAGCAGAGCUGCUACAAAUUACCGAAGCAGAUAAAACUAGCCCCACAGAAACACAGAAAGGAGCAGAAGUUUGUACAUUUGAAUUAAGGAGGAACACACAAACCCAUUUCCGGACAGUCGGACAGUCGGGCUGUCUGCCCCCCCUCCCCCAUGAUGCCUAAAACCCGUUUGUAGUUUGUUGUAAGUACUGUGAAAAUACCAGGUCAAAUUAUCUCCACUACUUCCAAGCAAACCCUGUCCUCCUGCCCUGUGCGAGAACAACACUUACCUACCCUUUAAGGAUCGCGGCGGGAGUCAGUCAAAAAGUGAGGAACUUUAAAAUCUCUUACACCGCGAGAAAGGAAAGCCCGAUGGUGGCCACUUGAUUCACACCUAACUAGCUAAUGCUCGAUACUAAGCGAAGCGGGAGGAGUAGUGUAAGAGAGUAGUGGUGUGGUGUGUGCGAGUGUAUGGGUGUUUUUUGUACACGUAAAGGUGAGUUUUUUCGUUGUUGAAUCUUUCUACUCUAGUCGUAACGUUUCGGAAACUACUGCUCAACACACACACACACAAGUGGUGGUGUAUAUUAGUAAAUGUAAACACUUAAGGUUGUCGCUAAAGGAGGGUAAAGCUUUGGCCAAUCGAUGUUUAUGUAGAAUUCACACGCACUAACGCGCGCAGGAUUGUAUAUAGAGACUUUGUGUUUUUAUGGUCUAAACACACACACACACACAGAAAUUGUUACCCCACUGACAGCGGUUUUGCGCUAGGCUUAAGUGAGCUACGUUGCCAUUUGCAUCACCAGCAAGCGUAUAUAGGAAAAGACAUCACAGCGACGCACGACAAUGCAUUCGAUCGUGUACUAUAAACGAAGGUGUAGUACCGUAACGCACCACGAAACUGCAACCUUAACCCAACCCUGUUCGCCGCACUUUUCGCACAUUUCCCACCCGGGUAAAAGGGUCCUUUUCCAGUAUUAUCAACCAAACGGAAAACUCUUUCGUUCCUUCCCACGAACACAAACCAAACACACACACACACACACACACACACAAUCAACAGGAAGCAAUCGUUGCCAAUGCAUUUGUUGCGCGCAGUCCCUUUGAGUGAUGCCGAACAGUGUGUCGCGAGGCAACAGCUGCUAGCAGUGACUGGCAGCAGGUGGGUGAAAUAAUUGUGAAAGCUUGGCAGUUUGUUUUAAAACAAACCGAUUUAACAAAAAGACAUAAUUUGACAUGUAGAAAAAACAAAAUGGAAGGGAGGAGGUGGAAAAGAAAUAAGAUAAGAAAAUACAAAGUAGUGUGCAGCAGUGCGAUACAUCUAUUUCCUAAAAGAAAUUACUAAGUUUUACCUAACAAAAAAAAACAAAGAGAGGUGUAUGAAAGGUAGCAGCAAGCGCAGUGAAACCAGAAGAAGAAGAAAAACAAACCGUAAACUUGAAACAUGGUUGUAUCUAGAACUUAAGUGUUGAUCAAUGUUCUUAAUUCUAUAACUGAUUGAAUUGUAAGUAAAUGGAUGCUAAUGGUGUGGUAAACGUACAGCUGCUGUACGAAACACGCAAGCUAGCCUAGAGAGAAAGAGAGAAAGCAAAGAAGGGAAGUGCUUAAUGGCAGAUGGCGAAACGGAAACAAAGCUAAGUGCACCGAUCAUUAUUUCAGGCAUAACCUGAAACAAGGGGUGGUUCGUGAAUUCAGCGUGGAUGCAGCAUCGAGAACAGGGUUGUCUAAAACAAUUUUCAAACUUCAAACACAAACACUCUCGGAAACUAAAAAGGAAACCAAUCUCUCUCUCUCUUUCUAAUGUCUCUCCUUUGUCACGUACGACACGGAACGAGCGAUCGAGAUAUAUCAGUGUUUUUUGUAGUAGUAUAUGAAUUUAUUUUUCUACUUCCGAUCCACUUUGAUAAUUGACAACUAUUCGAAUACUUCGAACAACUGAAAUGGCAGCAAAGAAACAGGAAAAAAGCUCACCGUUGCAGCAAUGAUGAUGGACUUUACGGAAUGCGACGCAAGUGCGAUAACUAGGUGAAACACUGUGAGCGCUAGCUCCAAACAUUUGGAAUCGAUUUAUCGUGCUGCUCAAACCGAUAUUACUGUAACUAGAAGCUUUGUUCUUAUCGUGUUCAGUUCCGCGCUGCAACUGGUGGGAGAUUCUUUAGCAGCAAUUUUACAGUGUCUCACACAACAGUUGUUGUUUUUCAUCCAAUCUCUUGUGAAAUGUGAUAUUUAAUAUCUGUUUGAAAAUCGCCCAUUGCGAGUGUAGCUCAAAAUUGCUCAAAUAGCUGGAAAUUAUUUAGCACAACAACAAACGAUUUUGAUAUUAAUUUUCACUUUAAGUGACAAUCAGUCCUGCCAGCACUACUAUCUGUACUGGUGCUCAGAUCUUUUGGUUGUUGUUUUCUCCGAAACAGAAUGUAUCGGUCUAUUGUUUUCUUGCUCAAUAUGCUCCAAGGUGGUGGUGAUUACUUUUAUGGAGAAGCACGAAUAGAAACACACAAAAAAUCAAAUACAAAAACAAAACAACAAACCGCGUUGUGCAAGGAUGCCCUCUGCACGGAAAUGGUGCACGAGGAACGGUGAACGUGUACAGCAAACAAAUGGCAAAAUCAAAUACUCCGCGUUGUGAUUUUUAACGAAUUAAAACAAACAAACAAACAAACAAACAAACAAAAAGGCAAACGAAACCACGGAACGAGGACGCAGAAACACUCAAACGUACACUAGUCUUAUCGCUGCAUACUGAUCGUUCGUUUUUUGCUGUUUCGUAUGGUUCGUAGGACAAUUUAAGGGCUAUAACUUUUUCUCUGUCUAGGGCGGAGUGUCUGUGUAUGUGUGUUAAGCAAACGUGGUGCGAUCGUUUAAAACGGAAAUUUGUACGUACGGAAAAUUCUUUCUCAGUUUUGGGUGCGGCAUGCAACAGUUACCUCCUGAAAGGAAAGCUUUGUGUUGUUUCGUUGUUUUCUGUAAGCAUUGCGAUUGCGUACAAACAUCCGUGUGUGAUGUUAUACGCCUAGACUACUGCUACUACUACAACUACUACUACAACUGCUGCUCUGUUUUCAAACCCUGACCCUGAGUAAGGCAAAGAUGCUGAGCUAGAUGCACGAUGUGUAAAAAAGGAAUAAAGUUGGUGAAACUAUAAGACAAGCGAGGGGGGUGCGGUCUCAGAACCGAAAAGGAAACCCGCCCCAGAAAAACGAAACAAACAAAAAACAAACCCCUAAACUGCACGAAAUGGAACGAAAUUGAGAUAAUAGAAGUUAAUACAUAUCAGUUUUCUAGAAGAAAUUUAUGAUAAAAAGAAACAAAAAACUCUAAACUGUGCAAGUGUAUUUAAGGGCAGCGAAACGGCUCUUGAAGUGGAAGAGCAAAGACAGGUAAAGCGAGCCUCUUCUGCUCGCGCACCGAAUAGAACAAAAAAAAAAAGAAGCGAAACACUUUUAAACCUAACGUCGAAAACAAAUCAAACAGCCAAGCACAGACGAACAUUUGCAACCACAAAAAAAAAUUCAACCUUUACGAAACGUGUUGUGUACCUUGUAUCUUUAAAAAUACUAUGAAAACGUUGAAAAUCUGUCGCCUGUUUCGAAAACGGAAGAAGGAAAACAAAAACGCCAGAAAACGUUUAGAGGUUACGUUUCCAUUAUUGUGGGGCUUGCGGAUGAAGAAAGAGAGAAAACGGGGAGUGGGGAGGGGGAAAACAAUGAUGCCAAAUUAGUUUCUAUUGCUGGAUUGCUGGAGACUGGGCUGAACUGUCCAGCGCGGAAUCGAAUGCGGAUCUGUGAGGAUCGGCAACUUCCCUUUCUGUCACUAAGAAGUCUUCGUAAUUAUUUUAAUCACCACAACCAAACAGCCAAAUCGAGAGAAAUUGUAAUACAAAACAGCAAGAGUUUGAACGGGUGAGAGACAGAACGAGAGUAACAAGCAACAAGAAUGCAGGUAACAAGACGGAACCGAUAAGAAGACGUAAAAUAUUUAAAAGUAAUACUCAAUGACAAUCCAAAGGAAAAGCAAACACUACACAGCAAAAAUAAGGGAGAAAAACGUGCAAACGUGAAAAGGCAAAUAUCUGGCUCUCUCGCUCGCUCUCUCUCUCUCUCUGUCGCUCUCAGCGUCGCCUGCUUGUUUGUACAUAGUGAAGGUCCUUGUUUUCAUGUGCAAAACACAAUUAGUAGUGUGUAAGUUACGCGUAUCGAUGCAGAUGCAUUUUACUCUUUUGAGCACACACAUACACGCGCGCGCACAUACACGCACACACAUAUUUAAUAAUAUUUAAUUUAAAAAGAUUAGUUCAAAAAACUGGAAACGCUUUCUUUUUUAACGCUUUAACCCUUCUCGAAUGCCAUCCAUGGAAUAAUUCCUCCACCUAACGUAUAAAUAUGUGAGGAGUGUGUUGUUUUAAACUGCGACUUUUUUGUGCGUCACUGUACUGACAUGGUCUACUACGGAGCGCAAAACAAGCGAAUGCUUUCCCGCCUAAGUUUGUCUCUUUCUCACGUUAGUUAAUAAACACACAGACACACACCUUUCCUUUACGUUGACGUUUGAGACGGUUCAACGAUAAGUUUCGUUUAGUAAUUUAAGUCUUAACGGCAUAAGUAACCCAUCGAAUUUGGUAGGCUAAUUAGACAAUUGUUUAAGGAGCGUUUAAGUCAAUGCUUUGAAACUGGUUUUCAAACGCACACUGAUGCUUGUGUUUGGUUGUUGGUUUUUUCUUUUUGUUUCGGUUGUUUGUCCAAUUACUCGUCCAAUUACGUUGAACGUUCAGAGUGUUAUUACUUAAGUGGUUAGUGCUAUUUGUAGUUUGGUGAAUUUUUGUGUCCUCUACUGUAAGUGAAACAUUUUUGCUUUUUUUCACACACACUUACACAAACACUUAAACACACCAGGAUCAACCCCUUGGAAGCUUCCUCACCUUUGCUGCAUUGUGUUAUUGUGUGAUUUUCGGUGAUGAGUGUGAGUGUGUGUGUGUGCAUCUCGUAUUGCGAUAGUAUGAAUAUAUUUAUAAAUGGAAUUAUCGAAAGUAUAUAUUAUACAUCAUUAUCAUUAUUAUGCAAAAUUAAGUAAUCGUUAUAUUGUCUGUGCGGGAACGCGUAAAAAAAAGGGGAAACAAUAAGUUUAACGGCACGAAGCGCAUCAAACACGCAAACUAAUUUGUGAAAGUGUGAAGAAACCCGAAGGGAGAAAGAAGCGAAACAAGAAAAGUGCACAAGUUUUAAAGACGGGAGGAGAAAGAAAAACCGAAGAAGCAAAAACAAUAAUACAACAAGCACAAGAGAGAAGGGAAAAGGAUGAAGGAAGUAAAGAAGAUUUCUUUUAACCCAAACGGCAACAUUACUACUUGUACAGAGAAACAAUGUAAUAUUAAACAGGUUACACGACAGAUACACAAACCCACACACACACAUAACGCACACAUAUAUACAAACAAAAGCGCAACGUUCUGCCAGCCAGCUCCACAAAGAAUAUAAAUGUUUUUCACUGUUAGUUUUUAAUGUGAUUAUAUCGAUAAGAUGAAGAAAGGGAAUUGUUCUGGUAAAAAGAAAAACAAUACACGCCAACGGAGAGAAGCACGAAAGACAUUACUAGACACAAUGAUGGUGGUGGAUGAGGGAACUGUUACAGAACGGAAAACCCGCAGUCGAUUAGUAAGUAAAGGUGUGAGAAAAGAAGGUGACAGAAUGAGCAAAAGCAACAAAAAGAAAGCCACAUACAACUUACAGUUUUACUGUAACGAUUCAAACCCCCAGUUUGCAAAUGUGCUCUAAAAUUUCGCUUUGUUGAACUUUUCUGUUUGGUUUAAUAUUUUUCUCCCCAUACUUGCUCAUACUAUUAUGGUUGUUAACUGUACUGAAACAAAAGACAAAUACCUGUUUGCUCAUGCAAUCUCUCACUCACUGGUUAGUGAAGCCGGCCGGGUUUUUGUGAACAAAGCGGGAGAAACUAUAAAAACAAAUCAAUGUGUCAAUUCGGUGAGCAAAAGGUCAAACGGUCAGAGUCUGCAGACAAAAUCCCCUAAUCAAAACAGACAGCACACGCACAUCACACAUCGAAGCUUUUUUAAAACAUCGAUCAACGCAACAGAGUUUUAUCGAAGGGAACGGUUUUAAUCGGACACUUAGCGGCCAUUAACAAAAAAACAUACAGGCAACUUUUCAUCAGCAAAACAACGAAACGAAGCUUUUUAUGCAGUUCCCGUAGCAAAGCGAUACCCUAUCGCUGUUGUACGCCAUCGUACGAAUUACAGCGCAACGAUCUAUUUUGAAUUUGACAGCAUCGAGUAUAGACGCAGCGUUACGUAGCGUUACGUAGCGUUACGCUGUGGGCCUACUUAAUACGUUUAGCACGCGCGGCUGAAGAGAAAUGAUGGUCGUACUUAAUUGAAACAAUACAGCAUGCAUGUAAUGUGUUUUUUUGUUCAAUGUGUUUUAAUUUGCUGCCCGUUGCAUACAGAACAGUUAAAAAAACGCACUGUGGCCAAGAAUAACAGACAGAAAAAAACGUAGCAGCAAGAAUGGAAGUAAAACAAAAGCAAAAUUCUGUGAUUUCCGAGUUGUAAUUAAAUGCACCCUACUAUCCUUCUCAUGGGCACACAGCUCUCCUCGAAUGUGUGGCAAUGUGUUGGAUUGAUCGAAGCAAGCAAAUUUAGCCUUCAUUUCUUAACACAGUCUUUUAUCUCUUUUAAGAUGAACCGAAACCAGAAAGAGAGAAUGUUUCUUGGUUGAAGAACUUUUUUUUAAUAACAAAUGAACUAAUUAGCAAACCUGAAUUUAGUCUUCUCUAUUUUCUAAAUUUUCUUGCUUUCACAAACUCAAAAUGUCCAUUUAUCAUAAAUGUUGUGUUUUAAAAUUAAACCCCAAAUAGAAGCAACACACUGAGAGCCGCUUAGCACAAAGAUAUGCUAAACAAAAAAGAACAUUCAGAAUACAAGGUGGAAAGGAUGGUAAAGAAAAUCCAGUUUAGUAGACAGCGACAAACAAGUAACAGUGUAAUAUUCCAGUGCCAGUGCUAUUUUUAAAGACAGAGAGGAAAAUACAAGAAGUAUAAAAAAAGGAAACAGCACACCUAAAGCUACCACGAUAUGGAAAGGGAGGAACAUCAGCAGAACAAAACAUGAGAACAAGAAGAUAACGCAAACACAAAACCGAACCGAAUUGCCGUUCAGUGAAAGUUACCGAUAGUAAAUGGAUGUGAGAGUUAGAGGAAAACUCUUUAAAACUUGUUGAAAGAGUAGCAUUAAACACAAAAAUUACAACAA